AUGACGGAUACGUUCGACGAGCACGUCGCAAUUUUCUGGGAUUAUGAAAAUUGUACUCCUCCGUGUAACGUACCCGGCUAUGACGUCGUCAACAAUAUUCGUCGAGUUGCGCACCAGUACGGCAGCGUCAAGCUGUUCAAGGCGUACUUGGAGCUGUCCGAGCAGUCGUCCUCGAAGUCGAUUGGUCUCCGUUCCGAGCUGCAGUCGUGCGGUGUUUCUCUGACCGAUUGUCCGCACAACGGCCGGAAGGAUGUUGCGGACAAGAUGAUGAUUGUCGACAUGCUCACAUACGCGAUCGACAACCCCGCACCGGCUACCGUCGUGCUCAUUUCUGGAGACCGCGACUUCGUCUACGCCGUUUCUGUGCUGCGCCUGCGCAGAUACCGCGUAGUUGUAGUCGCCCCCUACACCGCCCACGGGAGCCUCAAGUCCCAAGCGUCCGCCGUGUUGGACUGG